GCGGGCCGCACGGAGCGCUCCGCCCCGCCCCGCCCCGUGCCGCAGCGGCGGGCGGGCCCUGCUCCCCGCUCAUUGCUCCCGGCCCCGCUCCCGGCGGCGGUGCAGGUGGCCGGGCCGCACUGGAACGCGCUGGAUCCCCGCCAAGAUGCUGCGUUUGGCUGCCUUCGCAGCACUGCUGCUGUUCUUCAGGGUCAGCCUGGAGCUGUCCUGGGCCCAGGCCAUCCCUGCUCUCUUCAUCUUCUACCUGGGAUCAGGGGGAUGGGACUUCUUCCUCAUAGUCAUCAAGACAAUACGAAGGGAUGUCACCACGGGGCUGAUUCUGCUGCAGGUGAAGUGGCAGGUGUGGAGGCACGUGAAGGAGAAGAACACAAUCGCCAAGAUCUUCCAGAAAACUGCAAGCAAGUGUCCAGAGAAAACAGCACUGAUCUUCCAAGGCACGGGCGAGAGCUGGACCUUCCGGCAGCUGGAUGAGUACUCCAACCAAGUGGCCAAUUUCUUCCAUGGCCAAGGCUUCCGCUCUGGUGACGUGGUGGCUCUGUUCAUGGAGUCCCGCAAUCAGUACGUGGGGCUGUGGCUCGGCCUGGCCAAGAUCGGGGUGGAGACGGCCCUGGUGAACUCCAACCUACGCAUGGAGGCCUUGCUGCACUGCAUCACCAUCUCCAACUCCAAGGCUGUGGUUUUUGGAGUGGAAAUGAUGGAAGCUAUGAAGGAGGUACAGUCCUCCAUGGAGAAGUCUGUCCAUCUCUACUGGUCAGGAGAAGGAAGCCUUGAGUCUGCACUUUCCGGUGCAAAGCACCUGGAUCCCCUCCUGCAGACAGCUCUUCGACACCAGCCAGAUCCCCCUGAGAAGGGCUUUCUGGAUAAACUCUUCUAUAUCUACACCUCUGGCACUACAGGAAUGCCCAAGGCUGCUAUUGUGGUGAACUGCAGGUAUUUCCGCAUGGCCAGCUUGGUUUUUUACGGUUUUCGCAUGAGACCCGAUGAUGUGCUGUAUGACUGCCUUCCACUUUACCACGCUGCAGGGAACAUCGUGGGCAUCGGGCAAUGCUUGCUGCAGGGCAUGACAGUCGUCAUCCGCAAGAAGUUCUCAGCCUCACACUUCUGGGAGGACUGUGUGAAGUACAACUGCACGAUUGUGCAGUACAUUGGGGAGAUCUGCCGCUAUCUGCUGAACCAGCCCUUCCAGGAGGUGGAGCGGCAGCACCGGGUGCGCAUGGCGCUGGGCAAUGGGCUGCGAGCUUCCAUCUGGAGAGAGUUCAUGACCCGCUUUGGCAUCGCCCAGGUGGCUGAGUUCUACGGGGCCACUGAGUGCAACUGCGGCCUGGGCAACUUCGACAAUAACGUCGGGUCCUGUGGCUUCAACAGCAGGAUCUUGCCAGGGGUGUACCCCAUUGGCUUGGUGAAAGUGGAUGAAGACACCAUGGAGCUGAUCCGGGGGCCGGAUGGUGUCUGCAUCCGCUGCAAACCAGGGGAGCCGGGGCAGCUGGUGGGCCGCAUUGUCAAGAACAACCCUCUGCAGCACUUUGAUGGCUACCUGAAUCAGUCAGCUACCAGCAAGAAAAUCGCCAGGGAUGUGUUUGCAAAAGGGGAUGCUGCCUAUCUCACAGGGGAUGUCCUGGUGAUGGACAAAUACGGCUACAUGUACUUUCGGGACCGCACCGGAGACACGUUCCGCUGGAAGGGAGAGAACGUCUCCACUACUGAGGUGGAGGGGACACUGAGCCGCAUCCUCAACCUGACAGACGUGGUUGUAUACGGGGUGGAGAUCCCAGGCACUGAAGGGAAGGCAGGAAUGGCAGCCAUUGCUGACCCAGAGAACUCCUGUGACCUGGAGAGCUUUGCCAGCCAGCUGAAAAAGGCUCUGCCUCUGUAUGCACAGCCUGUCUUCCUGCGGUUCCUGCAAGAGGUCUCCAAGACAAGCACCUACAAAUUCCAGAAGGUGGAGCUGCGUAAGCAGGGCUUUGACCCCUCACUGGUGAAGGACAAGUUGUACUUCUUGGACUGCAGGCAAGGCCGCUACCUGCCCUUGGACCAGGAGGCGUUUGACAGGAUCCAGUCGGGACAGCAGAAGCUGUAACAGUGGGGAUCAAGCAAGGCAGCUCCCCAGAUCUUGCUGGGGGAAGAGGGACAGGGCAGACACUGGGGAAGGAAAGGUUCAAGGAGUAUAAAGGCACACUAGAGAUUUUGUUUGACAAGUUUUACAGAUCAUGGGUUGGGGAAAUGCAGCGGGGACUCAGGGGAGGGAGAUGAUUACAUACCAAAGCAUAAACUCAUCAUGGCUUUAUUUUCUACUUGGUACAAUGGUGAUGGUCCCAUGCCACAGGAUGGGCAGGGGCCCUGGCCAGUUGGGGAGGGGUGGGGUGCCCCUGCCAUUCCAUUUUGCUUUUCCUGUCUUUCCCUCUCUUUUCCAGCCCGCAGCAAUCCUUCGUUAUGAAGCCCAUGAAGGGACCAUUGCUGGGCUCUUCUCCUCACUCCUCCACCGUGCAGCCAGCUCCUUCAUGGCACCAGCAGAGGGAAGCUGGGUGCCAGGUGCAGCCCUUACCCCUGCGUGGCCCACUGGUGUCAUGUUUGUGCUGUGAAUCAGGGAAGCAGGGUAGAGCUGGGCUCAGGAGAGGGAUAGGGAUGUGUUUCUACUAUGCCUUGCUCUCUCCUGAGGUUGACAUUUCUAUUUUUCACAAUCACACGCACAUUAUACACGUAUAUAUGCAUAUAUUAUACACGCUGAUCUUUUUUUUUUUUUUUUUCAAUCUUAAUUUAUUGUCUGUACUUUUGAAUGUGUCCCGGGUUUGUGCAGUAGGUGGAGGGAUAUCCUAGACCUGCCCUCUCUUGGAGAGCCCUUUUCUCUCACAGGGAGAUAGGAUGAUCGUCUGGGACUGAUUCCUCUUCCAGCAUGGGUGCAGCCAUGUAUGUCCUUGUGGCCUUGCUCCGUGGUGAAGGACAUGAGUGAACCCUGCUAUCUUAUGGACAGUUUUCUGGGUCUCUUAUUUCCACCUUUCAUGGAUGCAGCCUUGUUUUGUGCACCUUCUUUCCUGUAUAAAAUAGGUGGGAAAGUGGCAAUGAAGGGUUUGGUUUGCCUUUGCUUAAACGUACUCAGCACCUUGGGAUCACAGAGCAACUCUAGGAACUUUCCUGCUGUGAUAUGUGUGUCCUGAAUAUGGGAGGCAACUUGCCUGGAAGGGAGAAAAUCCUUCAGAGAGUUGUCUUUGUGACAGCCUGAUUUCGUGUGCUCUGUGCCCCUUCCUGCAAGAGCCUAACCCAACUCUGCUGCAGGAGCUGGGCCUCUGAACUGAAAUGUCCAUGUUAAACACUCGACUUGUGCUACGUGAAUUCUCUGCAUUGUGUCUGAUGUGAAGCAGCCUUAGCAGCAGUGUCUGAUUCCAGUCUUUGGAGACCAAGCAGAAACAUCUGUUCCAGAGAAACUCUGGUUUGGGAUUAAUUCUUUUUUUUUUUUUUUUUUUUUUUUUUUUAAUGGUUUGUUUUUAUGCUUUCAGCAGGGUUAAUCCUUAAAAUGACUUCUGUCUCUUGUGAGGGCAGGGUGUGUUUGCUUUUCGAGCUGUGCUUCCACACCACCAUACCUGCCUGCCCCAGUCUGUCCUGUCCUCACAAUUAAAUAUGAGUACGGGCUA